AUUCCUCCGCCACCUGUGAGACCAAGCAUAUCUGCGGACGAUGGUGCGUUGCUUAGUGAAGAUGACUUGACCUACAAGCUGGGCGAUAUCAUCAAAGCGUCAGCAAACGUUCGUAGAUGUGAGGAAGAAGGCGCACCGGCGCAUGUCAUUUUUGAGUUUGAGCAACUGUUGCAGUAUGAACUGUGUGGUCUUUUCCACGUCGCUACAUAUAUGGACAACGACAUUGCUGGGAUACCGCAGGCUCUUCAGAAAUCUGGUCGCCCUGUUAAAGCCAUCCGUGCGCGCUUAAAAGGUAAAGAGGGUCGUCUACGUGGUAACCUUAUGGGAAAGCGUGUCGACUUUUCGGCGCAUGCUAGUUGUACU